CAGACAUUGCAGACAAAUUUGAGGAAUCAUAUCAAAAGAACGGUUACAAUGAGAAAGUUUCGAAUCAACGCAAUUGUGAUCGCAGUGGUGCUAAUAGGUUGCCAAUUAGUGUUGAGUGAUGCUGACGAAAAUGAAACGGCAGUAACGGAAUCGGAACUAGUUGAUAAUAGUACUGUAGACAAUCAACAGCAAAUCAGCCUUACGGAGCCUAUUGCUUAUGAAGAAAAGGAUGUGACUCAAUUUGUUGAUGCAUUGAAACAUCAGCUUAGAUGCGGUUAUCCGAAGUUUGGUAUUCCUUCUCUUGUGCCACUGAAGUUGUCGUACAAGUUCAAAACUUCAUUGGAUUUCUUGAAUCUCAAAAAAAUUCACGUUGCCGCUUCCAACUUUGUGAUCCACGGACUAGACAACUUCAAGUGGCUGCCAUCGAAUACUUCGUUCACCCGCACCGGAACUAACCUGACCGUCAAUUUCCCCAACAUCACGGUUACUGCCGAUACUUCACUUAACGGAGUCAAUGGAUCGUCUCGGCUGUCGCUUUUCGACACACUUGUAUUCCUAGAGUCUCAGUACGAGGAAAAGGAUGAUUUAUUGUACGUGACCGAUCUGAACGGCGAUUUGACACUGAAAGCUGCAGGGGUUAAAAUAGCCCACCUAUUCCCGAAGAGUGCCAAGCUGACCAAAAUCUGGAACAAGGCCAUCGGAGACUCACUUCCAGUUGUGACCAAACUGAUCACUACCCGGAAGAUCAGCGUAGAGUUCAUCAACCGACUCAUCAACGGGGCCAAGUACUACGCGAUGAAUACUGCAAAUAGUGCCCUUUCGACGUACAAACUGAACUUUGACGGUGUAGUCGACAGCUUCAAACGUUUCUCUGAAAAAACUUAUGAUUCAUUGAUGUGCCACGAGAACGAGUCGGUGGGACAGUCAAGGGUAAUGUAG